UUCGCCAAGAUUUAUAGAAACCAGCUACAUCUACAUGUCUGGUUUUUAUAAUCACAUUAAACUAUAACGGAGGACAGAUAUCUAUAUAUCAUAGACAAAAUGUAAUUAUAUUUUAUAGAAAACGUCACGUUUAAAUUCAUGUAUAUAUAUUAUAUAUGAAUUGAUUAUAUAAUGUAUUCAUCAUCCUCCAAUUAAUUAGUCUCUCAUCUAUACAGCUGUUUCUAUAGAUUAUUUAGUGGACUUCCUCGUUUCUCAUGGUAGACAUUUCAGAUUUAGUUUUGAGUUUACCUAGAUUUCGAUAUAUUCAGGUAUCUCGGUUUAGGAAUUGUCCAGUUUUCGUGUACUUUUUAUGUGGUUGUGUUAUCGGUUACAUUUGGUUUAGUCUAGUUGGAGUGUAACUAAAGCAACUCCAAUUAGAACUCGGUUUGUUUGUACCGUUUGUUUUAAUCCGGUUAAAUUUGGUCUUAACCAAACCAAUAAUGUUGCGCAUGAUUAAACAAACUUUUAAAUUUAAAGUUGACUUUUUUUUACUUUCAUUUUAAGACAAUGGAGGAUACUCAUUAUGAUCGAUGUAGAUAGCUAUAGAGAACGAGAGAAAAAGAGAGAAAGAUGGAGUUCGCAAACACGAAAUGGGUGGCUGCGGCGGCUAGCAUAUGGAUACAAAGCUUUAGCGGAGCAAGCUACACUUUUGGAAUUUAUUCUUCUGUUCUCAAAUCAUCUCAAUCUUAUGACCAAUCUACUCUUGACACCGUCUCCGUCUAUAAAGACAUCGGCGCAAACGUAGGAAUCCUCUCCGGCCUUUUCUACACUGCGGUUGCAAGCCGAACAAGCGGUAGCGGCCGCUUCUUUGCUGGUCCAUGGUUGGUUAUAUUUGUGGGGCUGCUCCAAUGGUUCGUGGGAUAUGGAUUCAUAUGGAUGGCUGCGUCAGGAGUGAUCGAACGGCCUCCCGUGGCUGUGAUGUGUUUGUUCAUGUUCUUCGCCGGUCAUUGUCAGCCUUUCUUUAAUACCGCGAUUGUGGUCACCGCCGUCCGUAACUUCUCCGACUAUGGUGGGACCGCCGUUGGCAUUAUGAAGGGUUAUCUUGGGCUAAGUGGAGCAAUUCUGGUUCAAAUGUACCACAUCUUCUGUGGAGGUGACCCAAGGAAUUACAUUCUUCUCUUGGCAGUGGUACCAUCACUCCUCAUCAUGACGUUGAUGCCCUUCGUUAGAACGUACGACACAGUCAUCGCAGGCGACAAGAAACACUUGAACGGUCUCUCCGCCAUCUCUUUGAUAAUCGUCACCUAUCUUAUGGUCGUCAUAUUGGUCGAAAAUAUUAUCGGAAUGUCAAUGCCUAUGAAGAUAUGCUCCUUUACCUUUCUACUUAUCUUGCUCGCCUCUCCUCUCUUAGUGGCGGUUAGAGCACAACGUGAAGAGAAACAGAGAUUCUUGUCUUUGGAUUUUCCGGUUACCGAGAGAACCACGUUGCUUGACUCUCCAAAGCUCAACUCUUCUUCCGUCCUAACACAUUUCAAUCAAUCGACAGAUGUUAAAGUUGUUAUGACCAAUGACAUGAACGUUCUCGAAGCUAUAUGCACAACAAACUUCUGGCUUCUAUUUGUGGCGAUGAUAUGUGGAAUGGGUUCAGGACUUGCGACGAUAAACAACAUCAGACAGAUGGGCGAGUCACUUCGCUACUCAACGGUUCAACUCAAUUCUCUGGUGUCUCUCUGGAGCAUAUGGAACUUUCUAGGCCGGUUUGGGUCGGGUUACAUCUCAGACACCUAUUUACACAGUCAUGGCUGGCCAAGACCGGUAUUCAUGGGCAUAACCCUUGGCCUUAUGGCUAUAGGUCACAUUGUCAUGGCCUCCGGUGUACUAGGAAGCCUAUAUAUUGGGUCCUUGUUGGUCGGUUUAGCGUACGGCUCCCAAUGGUCACUGAUGCCAACAAUAACCUCUGAAAUAUUCGGGGUUCGUCAUAUGGCAACUAUAUUCUAUACAAUUUCGAUAGCUAGUCCGGUUGGUUCGUACAUUUUCUCAGUGAAGGUAAUAGGCUACUUGUAUGACAAGGUAGCUUCUGAGGAUGAUCAUUCUUGUUAUGGGAAUCAUUGUUUUAGGACUUCGUAUAUGAUAAUGGCAGCCAUGGCUUUGCUUGGAUCUCUUGUGGCUUUUGUGUUGUUCCUCCGCACUAAGAAGUUUUAUGCGACGCUUGUGGCUAAGAGGAUCUUGAAGUAAUCUUUACGAACCUAGGGUCUGAAUCGUGGCUUCAUAUUCAUUUAAUUGGUUUCUUUUCUUCCCUCACAUUUCAAAAGAUAAAUAUCUAUUAUUUGUAGAAAGGAAAUUGAGCAUAUGGCCUACUUUUUUUUUCUUUUAUUGACAUGAGUCAUAUCACCUACAUAUCAUUUUCAGAAAUUUAAUAAUUUGUGUUAGA